AUGAAUGAGGAGUGUAUUAUCCGAAAGUUGGUUGCCGAUGGAGAUGGUGGUGGUGAUGAUCGCCGGUUCGUAACCAUUCUUACAUUACUGCUGAAACUCAUUAAAGAGCCGGAGCCAUCACAAAGGUUACAUAAUUUGCGCAGUGUUUCUGGUACUAUAUCACUUCUAAGCAGUUCCGGGGAAUUUUGGGGCUUAUUGCCACGUAUUAUGAAGACUUUGGAUGCGGCAGAAACUGCUAUGAAGAAACAGGUAUUGAUUUCCGCAAUGAAUGAACGACAGAUACAGGAGUACGCUAUGCUAACCAAUCGUAUAGAACAAGAAAUUGUAAAGGCGAAUGAAAAGAUGACUGCUGCAAAAAAAGAAUUGUGUGUUGCGAAAGGAAUGCGGAAAAAUAAAGAAGAAUAUGAAUUACUGGCCAAAAUGAUUGAGAAAGUGCCAUCCAGGCCAGAAACCACUAGGAAAUUGGAGAUAAUCAAGAAGGAACUUGAAGAACUUCAUGAGAAACAACGGAAUUUGGAAGCAAAGCUAGCAGACCGACGCAAUCAUCUGCACGCUUUCAACAUUAUAUUGGCAAAUUUCUGCAGAUUUUUGAAAGAUGAAGAGAACGAUGAAAUAAUAAGUAACGACGAGACCUUAGACGGUACGACGACGGACACCAAGAAAGAGAAAGCUUAA